AUGGUUUCAAUCUACCAACUUGCUAUCUAUAUCAUUGGUCUUCACAGUGUUUAUACACUUAAAUGUUAUAUAUUAGCUCCUGAUGCAAAUGGUAUAAAUGUCCAAAUUCCUGUGGAUAACAGCAAUAUGGCAAAUAUAUGUAAUAGUACUGUACCGUGUGCAUGUGGUAGUGGUAAAAUGGAAUGUGCGAGUUAUAGCACUGUAUGCACAGCUAUUGGAAAUCAAAAACGUACCACUAAAUGGAUUUACACUGUUACGACCAAAGAUAUCUGCGCGCAGAUGACAGCUAUAGCAUAUUUUGAGAGAAGCAAGUUAUGCUGUUAUACAGACUUAUGUAAUAAUCAAACAAACGGUGCUACUUCAUCUAGAAUACUCGAUGUAAUUCCAACAUUAAUUAUUUUUCACAAUCUCUCGAAUAUAAUUUAA